AGAAAGUCAACGACAAAGGGAAUGGAAGCGACAGCCAAUGGAAACAUUAGAAAAAAGCGCGCCAAAAAGGGGGCUAGAGCGAAGCAGUUGCUCGCCAUGGGGAAGAAGCGUCAGAUGGACAACCACGACAAUGCCAGUUCAACGGACUCGGGCCAGGAGGAUAGCCACGGCCAGACGGCCGGUGCCAGCGGCUCAGCAAGCGCUGCAGGAGCUGGCAGCUUGGGUGCGGAUAGCCCCAUGACCAACUGCUGCCAGCACAUCAAGAAAUCGGUUGAUGCGGCCCGGUUGCGGCGUCAACUGAAAACCACCGGCCUGGUAUACGAGUGCUCGCAGUGCCAGAAGAUCAGCCAGUCCGCUGCAUCCGGUUCAGGCUCCGGCGUAGAUCUGGCCUGCGACUUCGAGAUCGACAGCACGCUCUGGCUGUGCCUCAAGUGCGGCACCCAGCUCUGCGGGCGGUCACGCAAGCAGCACGCCCUCCAGCACUACAAGACACCACACUCGGACUCGCAUGCACUGGCCAUGAACACACGAUCAUUUGAGAUAUGGUGCUAUGGCUGCGACAACAAGGUCAUCCCCAACUCCCGCAAGAACUUGCUCGAGUGCGUCGAGCUGGUGAAGCGUCUGGCCCAGAAGCCGCCCGCCGAUCCACCUGUGGAGGCCACUGUCGUGGCCGCUCCCAGUCCACCCAUCAUCACCGACAUCGAACUGAAAUUGAAAUCGGCCCUAAAUCGGCUCAAACCCAUUGUGCCCAUGACGGGUGGCUCGUUCGAGGACAACAACAGCACCGGCAGAAGCGGUGGGAAGGCCCUGACAAGUAACCUAACAGCCAUACCCCUGCCGUCACCCCCAGGAGCCACCGCCAGCAGCCCUGUUCCGGGCAUGGCCAAGAGGAUCGACUCCGCCGCCGUCGGCAGCAAUCCGAAUCGCCCGUGCUCACCCAGGAGCGAACUGGAGCGACUACCGCGUGUCCGUGGACUGACCAAUUUGGGCAACACUUGCUUCUUCAAUGCUGUUAUGCAGUGCCUCGCCCAGACCCCGUUCCUGCUCCGUGUUCUCCGGGAGCUGGCGGAACCAGGAGAAGAAUUUGAGCUGCCCGGAGGGACGUUCGAUUUCAAAGACAAGGGCCCCACCGACUUGCCGAUCAUCCGGGGCACCCUCUCCUCCUGGGGCGGCCUCACCUCGGCGCUGGCCAACGCGCUCGAGGAGCUGCAGGUGGGUGGUGGCGUCUUCACACCCAGCAAGCUCUUUGACAGGCUGUGCGCGAAGUGUCCGCAGUUCACGGGCGGGGACCAGCACGACGCCCACGAGCUGCUGCGGCAGCUGUUGGAGAGCGUGCGAAACGAGGAUCUCAAGCGCUAUCAGCGCGUCAUCCUGCAGAACCUCGGCUACAAGGACGAGGACAUACAAAGCGUGUCGGAGGAGAUGCGGCAGAAGUGCAAGAUCUAUGGCAACCAGGCCGGCGACCGCAUCCUGCGACCAGAGCAGGUCUUCCGCGGAUUUCUCGUCUCGACGCUGACCUGCCAGGACUGCCACAGUGUCUCGUCGCGGCACGAAUACUUCCUGGACAUGUCCCUGCCGGUGGCCGUCGAGAAGCCCCAGCCACCACAGCGGCGCAGGCCCAGCCCCGAGAGCUCGCCCUUUCCCAUCGCCGGCCAGACACAGACACAAACACAGAACCAGUCGCAGUCGCAAUCCCCCACCAAGAUAAACACCAAGUUCACGACGCCCGAGGAUAGCAACCCGUUCUCGACGGCUUGUUCCUCCUCCUCCUCGUUCUACCUGCACGCAAACGAGCAGGAGCCCGUCGGUCCGUCCAAGUCGCAGGUGAAGAAGGAGAAGGAGCGCGAGCGCAAAGCGAAGCGGGCGGCCAAGCACCAUCGCUACAAGCAGGCACAGAAGCUCACCCUCAACCUGAACGGAAACGGAACGGGAAGCCAGGCCGAUGAGUCGGAUGCCGGCACAGGGAGAGUGACAUCGUCCGGGGGCGGCGACGGCGAUGGCCAGACGACCAGCGAUGGCCAGGAUCCGCCCAAGGAGGAUUUAAUGUCAUCGAGCUCCACCACAUCGGAGAACUCGGACGCCGAUGUUGAGGACAAUUUGAUGGAUGAAACGGCAAGUGCCAGGGACAGGACUAAGCCCCGAGGGGCCACCGGCGGCUCCUCAUCCUCACCCGCUCAGGGAGGCAGCAACAGCAGCAGCAGCAGAAGAUUCUUCACCGACACCAAUGGCAAUGCCCAGCCGCUGGGGGAGAAGCGGGACGACACGCCCGAGAACAUGGACAAGGACUCCCUCGAAGAGGAUGAGAACGACUCUGGCAUAGCCACCAGUCCGUUGCCCAGCGGCAUCAGUAAAACAACGACGACCACCACCGCCAACAACAACGAGGCUUCCAGAGGUGCAGAGCAGCAACAGCCACAGAAGGAUAAGAAGGAGGAGGGCCAAGCCUCUGCGGACAUAGUCACAGCGGGCGUGAGCGAGGUGGGUGCCUCCACCAUACGCCAAAUCUCGGUUGAAUUGGAUCUGCCAACGAAUGGAGACGUCCGAGAGGAGGCGGGUGAGGCGAAUGGGGAUGCGGAUGCGAAUGCUACGCUCCAGCUGCAGGAGAUAGCCCACCAGCUGGCUAUAAGUGAAUUCACCUUGGAGGCCACAGCGGCAACUGCAGCUUCGGCCACAGCCGAGGGGGUGGCAGCAGCAGCCGCGGCGGCAGGAGUCGCGGCAGCAGCACGCGCCAAGCGUGUGCGAACGUACAGCUAUUCGGACUGGAGCACCACGAUAGCGCCGCGGUACCAGUGCGAGGACGGAGAGUGCUCCGUGCAGUCCUGCCUCAACAACUUCACCGCCGUCGAACUGAUGACCGGCCAGAACAAGGUGGGGUGCGAGAGCUGCACCCUGCGGCUGAAUGGUAACGAUACGAAGGCCAAGUCGGUCAAUACGAAUGCCACCAAGCAGCUGCUCGUGUCCAGCCCUCCGGCGGUGCUCAUUCUCCACCUGAAACGCUUCCAGCUUGGGCCGCGCUGCAUAUUCAGGAAGCUAACGCGGCCGGUCAGCUAUCCAAACAUGCUGGACAUUGCCGCCUUCUGCGGAUCCAAGGUGAAGAAUCUGCCCAAUAUCGAUCGCAAGCAGAAGAAGCUUCUGUACGCCCUCUACGGGGUGGUGGAGCACUCGGGCGGCAUGUAUGGCGGCCACUAUACCGCCUACGUUAAGGUGCGGCCCAAGGUGACGCCGGAGGACAAUCGCUGGAAGUUCCUGCCGCACGGCAGCAAGGCCGAGCUCGAUCAGGAUGACGAGCAGCUGAAGAAGCUGGAGGAGCUGCUGGCCAAGGAGAAGGCCUCGCGCCUUCUGCACUUGAACUCGAUGAACGACAGCGACGACUUCACCAACUCCAGCAGCAAUUCAUCUACCUCGGACGAGUUCAAUACCAAUCCCAAUGGCGGUACCGGCCAGGAUGGCCAUCACGAGCAGCAGGAGGAGGAGGCUGCCAAUGUGCAGGCGCCGCCAGGGAAAUGGUACUACGUAUCCGAUUCGCGGGUCCAGGAGGUUAGCGAGGACGCGGCGCUCAAGGCCCAGGCCUAUCUGCUCUUCUACGAGCGCAUCUACUAAGGGGGAGGAGACUGGAAAUGGGACUAGAACUAGCCCAAGGGACAACGAGAACUACUACUAGGCACUAUGGACGGGGGAAAGCAACAAGAGAAGAGAAAAGAGAAGAAAAGAAAAGAGAGAGAAAGAGGAGCAGCAGCCAUCGUUCCAUUAUAUAGCUUACGA